CUCUCCCCCAUUUUCUUGAUUUCGCUGUUUAGCUCUUCCUCUGGGGAAAAAAAAAAAAAGGAAAAGGAAAGAGAGAGAAUCGUUGUUUGGAGAGAAGGAAAAUGGUGGUCGAAUCGAAGUCAAGCUAUGAGGAGUGCCGGCGACAGAGGCUGGAAGAGAACAAGAGGAGACUGGAGGAGCUGAAUCUGGGGAAGCUCGCUGAAGCUCUCAAGGCCUCGAGCCCGAAGCCCUCUCCGGCGAAGCAGGUGAGGCGACCUAAGCUGCCGGUGGACCUCUCUUCAGUGAGGGUGAGAAGGUCCAGCCGCGUCGCCGCCAAGCCCCCUCCGAGUUACCAGGAAGUACCAUUUGAACCUUUGAGGAGAUUCAUAAGUUGUAGGACCUAUCGACCAAGAGACCUGUCGAACCGAUUUUAUGCUUCGGAUGAAGCAAGGCAAGAUGCAAUUGAGAGAGCAGAACAAGUUGAAUCAGGUCUGGGAUCUGACUUCCCUACUUUUCUGAAGCCCAUGCUUCAGUCACAUGUCACCGGAGGAUUUUGGCUGGGUCUGCCGGUCCAGUUUUCCAAGGCGCACCUUCCCUCCAAGGAUGAAAUGAUUACUUUGGUAGAUGAGGAUGGAAAUGAGUUCCCAACAAAAUAUCUCGUUAACAAAACUGGUCUUAGUGGUGGUUGGAGAGGGUUUGCUAUUGAUCAUGAGCUAGUUGAUGGUGAUGCAUUAGUAUUCCAAGUAAUUACGCGUACUAAAUUUAAGGUGUACAUCAUUAGGGCAUCUAAGCUAACAGACAAUGAAGAUGAUGACAACGAUUCAGAUGUCUCACACUUGGACAGAAGUGCCAAAAGAAUCAAAGCAAAGCAGCGGCAUUGAUGAUGAUGAUGAUGAUUGAAGCUUAGAAUUUUGUACCUUCCUCUGUGUUAUACUAAUGUUAAUUUGGUUCGCCAUUCGCGGGGUUUUUCUCUAGGCUAACUGAGAAUAUUGCUGUGUAUUUGGGGAGUUAGGAAUAUUUGUUUCAGACCUUUGAAAUACACAGGUUCUUUUAGUUAGACAGCUUUAUUAAUUAGUGGAUUGUAUUGUAACACAGAGCAACGACAUUGAUGAUGAUUGAAGCUUACAAUUAUGGGGGCAGUUAAGGUUUAGAUUCUAGUUAAUUUAUAGGUUAUGCAGCCCUUCUUUCUACCAUUUUGGAUUUUGAUAUGGAACACUUGUCAUUCAAUAGAAAAACAAAAUAUGCAAGUUGUUUGUU